CCAUCCUCCACACCCAAGUCUACCUAUUAUACAGCCCCCAUUACCCCUGGAAGCAAAGGACACCCGAUUAUUUGCAGCAAAACUACAGUUCCACUCGCCAAACAUGGAUGAGGAUGUCUCUGAGUCCGACUUCGAGUUCAUCAGUCAUGACUUUCUCCGAUCGUGGUAUCUACGUGAUGGAAAGAAACGGAUCCCGAUACUUAACCAAGCACACACCAAGGAGAUGAAGGAGGAGGGCAAGAUGCAGACUCCCUUGCAGCUCAUCGCCUUAAUCCAUAGAGGACAUUCGAUCAUACACAAGCCCUGGUGGCCUCGGGUCUUCCUUCCCAUAUUAUGUCCCACCAGCCUCGCUCUCGAAGAGAUGUACAAGCACUGGUUCUACUCGACCAAACGCGACGAAGGGCACGUGCACAAGUUCAGCCUAGCUUCUAUGAAGAUGGCCUUUCACCUCGGCUACACCAUCCAAGUCUUUUGGAUCCUAACCACCAAGCGCCCGUUGGGCCCCCUACCGACGGCGGCCAACCCCGAGCCGACGACGAAUUUCUUCGAUUCAGACCUGAACAUCAGGUACCUAGCUAAAUUUUUCGGAAAGCUUUGGUUGAAGCUUUGGAAACAGCGGCGAGGCGUCAUUGACCCAGACUCAAUGCAGCCCGAGUUAUGGUCCUCAUGGACGACCAGCAAGGGAUCCAUGCCGGACAAUUGGAGGGAUUUGGAGGGGGCCUUGGCAACAUUAUGGCGUAUCUUUACACAUGAAAAAGAAGAGGUACCCAAAAAAGAGACGUAGUUCGGCCUCCAGUUUCCGGCCGACCUUGGCAGCAUGAGAGAAUGGGAGUAUAUUCAACUGUCGGCGAAGGAGGAGGCGUGGUAUGGUAUCUCUAGUGACGGGCCAGGCACAAUGUCACCGCUGGGACUCGGGCUGAAGGAGGCGGAGAGGGUGCAGAGGCAUUGGGAAGAGGAGCAUGAGUGGGUGUAUCCCAUGUACCCGGCUGAGUGGGAGGGAUGGGCAGUGGUUUAGGUUUGAAAGGGGAGGAGUGGUAACAUGUAGUAGCGAUGAGGUUGGGUGUGGAUAACAGAUCAUGAUACCUCUGAACAGUAUCAGCGUAGUAGUUAGCAAUAGCGGUAAUUCUCUGUUGG